AUGUAUCCAAAAUCAGACGUCACAGUCGACGCCUCGAAGUUCGAUCGCGAUGGCAUCGACAAACAGACCCUGGAGUUCAACGAGAAGUUGAUUAAGAUCUGGGCGGAUGGACCGCGGUGGUAUGAGGUCGGCGCAGCAGCCUACCGCCAAAUGCGCUGGGAAGGCAAAACCCCCUUACCCAAACCCGUCGUCCUCCCCGAAGGCUACAACGCCUCGCUCCCUUCUCGAGACGCUGGAAGGGAGAUACCUGAGGCUUAUCAAGACCCCUACCUAAAAUACAUGGCCGACCACUUCGAAGUAACAGUCGUAUCAAUCGGAUACCGGCUCGCGCCCGAAGACCCCUGGCCCGCCGGCGCAGAAGACUGCUACGACGCUGCGGAAUGGCUGGUGAAGAAUGGUCCGGAGGUUUUUGGUGGGGAGUUGAUGUUUACGGGUGGUGAGUCCGCAGGCGGCCACCUCGCCUGCCUCGUCGCCUUCCACCUCCUAAAAACGCUCCCCACAUUCUCCUUCCGCGGCCUCCUCCUCCACUUCGGCUGCUACGACAUGUCCUCCUUCCUCCCCCACGUGCUGCACCACGAAUCAUCCCUCGUAAUCGACUACGACGUGAUGAAAUCCUACAUCGACGCCCUCUUACCCAACACCACCGAAGCCGAGCGCCGCGAUCCUUCCAUCAGUCCGUUUUGGCAAGACUUGAGAGGAAUGAACUUGCCGCCGGCGCUGUUUACGUGUGGGAGUGAGGAUCCGUUGUUGGAUGAUAGUGUGUUGAUGGGGGCGAAGUGGGGGAUGUGGGGGGCGGAGAGUGUGGUGAAGAUUUAUAGGGGGGCGCCGCAUGGGUUUAUUGGGUUUCCGCCGGGGACUAUUAGGGCGGUGCAGGAGGUUUUGGAUGAUACUGAGGCGUUUGUUAGGGCGAAGAUGGGGGUUUGA